UAUGGCAUAAAGAGAGAGUUCUGAUAUUAUGAUAAAGUCCAAGUCUUCAUAGGAUCAAAUAGCAGAAUAUUUGGUGAAGGCUGUUUUGCUUUUAAGAGAUAGAGAGAAUUAGAGUGAGUCAGUCAGACUUUUUGGGUGUGGAAAAGCUAUUCCAAAUGUAAUUUUGGUUGCUGAAAUAAUUAGAGCAAGAUUUAAGGUAAUAAAAUAAUAAAUGGUAGGGAUUGAGUUCAAUUACAACAUUGGAGAAUUUAGAGCAGUAAAUUGAAGAGAAUGGAGUAAAAUCAAAAAUUUAUAUCUCUGCAAUUAGAAUUAAAUUGACGUACUUAAUUUUUAUAUUUUAGAUGCAAUCCAAGUUAAGAAGAAUUGUAAUAGCCUGGAUAUUAAGCACCAGGAGAUGUGAAAGAUGACAAAAAAUUUGAACUAUUUUAAUAUGUCAUGAUCUAUACAAAGAAUUUAUUUUUUUUAAGAGGAGAAAAUAGAUAAAGACAGUAUAAAAAUUAGAGCUAAUAAAAUGAGAAAGUUGGUCAAUCCUAUGAAGGAAGGGGAGAAUUGAAGAGUAGAGGAAAUGCUUAAGUAUAAAGAAGAAAACCUGAUUAACCAGAAUAUAAUGUAUUAUGAUUUUGAUUUUAAUAGGAGAAUUAAAAAAGAGAUCAAUAAAAAAUAACGAGGCCAAAACCACAAUAUAAUUAGUCUAAUUCAAAUUUCUAAUAAAAGAAUAGUGGUGAAAUCAGAAAUAAGUAAGUUGAAAUCAGAACUAAGUAAGGUGAAAUUAGAACAAGAGGAGGUAACAGAAAGUGAU